UGAUCCUGGAUGUGAAGUGCGAGUGUUGUGUUGUCUAGUUUUUCAAGUUUUUCUCACCCUUCCUGCCUGCCCGUCGUUUGCAAGUCAGUCAGUCAGCCAACAAUCACAAACUGAUUUUCCUUGUUCGAUUUUUGCCAGAUAGGGAAAAAAUCUACAGUGCUUCCGGGAGAGGCCGUUCGACGAAGUCGAAAAGUGACUACGGUAGGUAAGCGACGGAUUUGUGGGGCCAACUAGUUUUGCGAGUGGAUUGGAGGAGCGUGGAAUGGUGGUUUCGCAAUCGUAUACAAUAACUACUAGGAGGAACUUUUUUGGUUGAGUAAAAACCACAAACGAGCACAGCAGAAGGUUUCAACGGUGUAAAUACGGAAAUAGUUCCAGUUCGCCAAAAUGGUUUUAGCGGAUUUAGGUCGGAAAAUCACGAAUGCUUUGCAUUCGCUGAGCAAAGCGACGAUCAUCAAUGAAGAGGUUCUCGAUGCUAUGCUGAAGGAAAUCUGUACGGCGCUGCUGGAGGCGGACGUCAACAUACGGCUGGUGAAAAAGCUUCGCGAAAAUGUGAAAUCGGUGAUCGAUUUCGACGAAAUGGCAGGCGGAUUGAACAAGCGGCGCAUGAUUCAGUCGGCCGUUUUCAAGGAACUGGUUAAGCUAGUCGAUCCGGGUGUGAAACCCUUCCAGCCGGUGAAGGGUCGGCCAAACAUUAUCAUGUUUGUCGGUUUGCAGGGAUCAGGAAAGACCACAACCUGUACCAAGCUGGCCUAUCACUAUCAGAAAAAGAACUGGAAAUCCUGUUUGGUUUGUGCGGACACGUUCCGUGCGGGUGCGUACGAUCAGAUCAAGCAAAACGCUACCAAGGCGCGGAUUCCGUUCUACGGCAGUUACACCGAGGUAGAUCCGGUGGUGAUUGCCCAGGACGGAGUGGAGAUGUUCAAGAAGGAAGGUUUCGAGUUUAUCAUCGUCGAUACGAGCGGUCGCCACAAGCAGGAGGAGUCACUGUUCGAGGAGAUGUUGGCGGUGGCGACGGCCAUCAAGCCGGAUAAUAUUAUCUUCGUGAUGGAUGCCACCAUUGGGCAGGCUUGCGAGGCUCAAGCCAAAGCCUUCAAGGGAAAGGUAGACAUCGGUUCCGUUAUCAUUACCAAGUUGGAUGGCCACGCCAAGGGAGGUGGUGCACUGUCAGCAGUGGCCGCUACUAAUUCACCUAUCAUUUUCAUUGGAACUGGUGAGCAUAUUGACGAUUUGGAACCGUUUAAGACGAAACCGUUCAUUAGCAAGUUGCUCGGAAUGGGCGAUAUCGAGGGUUUAAUCGAUAAGGUUAACGAGUUGAAUUUGGAUGACAAUGAAGAGUUGAUCGAUAAAAUUAAACACGGACAAUUCACGAUACGGGACAUGUACGAACAGUUUCAGAACAUUAUGAAAAUGGGACCGUUUUCGCAAAUUAUGGGUAUGAUUCCUGGCUUCUCGCAAGAUUUUAUGACCAAGGGAGGCGAACAGGAAUCGAUGGCACGCAUCAAGCGGCUGAUGACGAUGAUGGAUUCGAUGUCGGACGGCGAGUUGGACAACAAGGAUGGAGCGAAGCUGUUCAGCAAACAGCCGAGUCGGAUAAUUCGGGUGGCACAGGGUUCCGGUGUGACCGAGCGCGAGGUGCGCGAUCUGAUUUCGCAGUACACCAAGUUUGCGGCCGUUAUCAAGAAGAUGGGCGGUAUCAAGGGUCUGUUCAAGAGCGGUGACAUGGCGAAAAACGUGAAUCCGACGCAGAUGGCAAAACUGAACCAGCAGAUGGCGAAGAUGAUCGAUCCACGGAUGUUCCAGCAGAUGGGUGGCAUGAGUGGGCUGCAAAAUAUGAUGCGCCAGCUGCAGCAGGGCGCCGGCGGGCUCGGGAAUCUGAUGGGCGGCUUCGGUAAGUCCUGAAAUGUGACGAAUUGUGUCUCGGAAAAAGUAUAUGGCGCUGGUCUGCCCCGUGGUUAGACGUUGAGUGAUGCUCCCGCUGCUGGGGUUUCGUUCUUUUUUAGGUUUAUUUUUAUAAAUCCAAUCUUGAUAGUUUAUGUUGUUGUAUGAGUAUUCUUACAUUGUUUGGUAUAGUGAUUAAAAAAGUACAUACAAGAAGAAUUGAGCAUUCUUCGGCAUGAUAAUAAAGAUCUAGGUCAA